AUGGUUCGUUCCAAUAUUGAAGCUUUUGGAGGUAAUCCUCUUGAUGUCACAUUGGCCGGUGAAUCGGCAGGAGGUGUUUCUGUAUCCAUCUUGUUGACCAGUCCCUUAUUGAAGAGUAAUGAUCCUCUAUCAUGGAAUGAACAAGCUCAUUUGGAAAAGUAUGGUCGAAUUACAAGGGCCAUCAUUCAAAGCGGUGUCAUGCCUAAUAAUAUUCUUCAGAGAAGUCAUUCAGAAGCACAAGUAUUUUCAACCAUUUUCAAAACAAGAGUUUCAUGCAAUGACUUGUCAUGCUUGAGAGCACUUCCGUUCACAACGAUUAUUCAACACCAGGAUCAAUUAGGAAUGGGUGCUGUUGUGGAUGGAACGAUCAGUACAGAGCAUGUCCUUCAGUCCUUGACCAAGAAUUCAACGCUCCAUAACAUUCCACUCUUGAUUGGAACGAAUCAAAAUGAAACCAAUCUGUUUCUGUGUCGAGUGAAUGGAGCUGAAUCGAUGAAUAUUUUUCAACUUUUAGCUUUGGCUGGAACCUUAUUGAAGUUAAAGUUGCCGACAGAUAAUUUAAUCCAAUUUGUCACAAAUUUAGAUCGAGUGUACGGACCUGUGACCAAGUAUAAGAGUCCACUAGAUUUCUUCAAAACCUUCACGACCGAUGUCAUGUUCCAUUGUCCUUCCUUGCACAUGGCUCGACUUUCCUCCAGGUUUAUUUCUCAACGCCGGACCUUCCAAUAUCUCUUUAAAUAUGUACAUCCUGAAUUGAAUCCUUGUUAUGGAGCACCUCACGCUGGAGAGCUUCCUUAUUUAUUUCCCUCAAUUCUUGAUUAUAUAGGAACAGAUCAUGUAUUGUUCAACAAUGCAAGUGCCGUAGCGACCAUGUCUCCCACGGAUAGUGCUCUUUCUAGAAUGAUGAUUUAUUAUUGGUCCAAUUUUGUCAAGUAUGGAAAUCCAAAUGGGAAUGGCCAAGAGGAUCGUGUAUCGAACUUGUCGGCAACCACUCAAAAAGAAGAUAAUCCUGCAAAACAGUAUCCAAUUUGGCCGAAUUUUGCAUGUUCUGAAGAGUCUCUCUUAGUGAUCGAUAAACCAGAGUUAUCAUUUGUGAGUAAUCGAACAUUCACCAACGUGUGUCAAUUUUGGAACGGUUUAUUGGGAUUCCCAACCGUUCAGAACUGCCCUCCAUAA